AUGUUGAAUAAUAAUAUAAAUCAUCUAGAUGAUAAAAAGAAAAAAAUAUAUGAAGAAUUUUCAAAAGUCCAUAAAACGAAAUAUAAAGUUAAUAAGAAAACAAACGUAGGAAAAAUUAAUUCAGAUAAUAAUACCAUUCCUUAUACAGAAAAUGAAAAUUUAAAGCAAAAUAAUAUUUCUACAAUGGCAACUAAAAAUAAUUAUAUAAAUAAUAAUCAAUAUUGUAGUGGUAAUAUUUUAUUUAAUGAUACUUAUAAUGAUAAUGAAAAAAAUAAUUCAAAUUUUGUCAAAUAUAAAAAUGUUUACAACAAUAGUAUAGGAUAUAACAAUUUAAAUCAUAAGAAAAGAAAAUUUAGUAAUUAUAAAAAUUCAAGUAAUAAUUUACAAAAUAUAAUAAUAAACAAAAAUAUAAAAACAAUAUUGAACAGUAACUCCUCGGAUAAAAAUUAUACAGAAAUAGAUAACAUAAAAUAUUCAAAUAAAAAAGGAAAUAAAUUUUCUCAAUCAUAUAUACAACAAAGCAAAAAAUAUUCUAAUUAUUUCUUAAAUAACAACUCUAAUCAUAAAAAUAUGAGCUUAAUACCAAUGAAUAAUUCUACAAAUAUAAAUUCAUUAAAAAAAAAUAAAAGUCUUUAUAGUAAAAAUCUUAUAUGUAACAACACAAACUACAAAAAUAAUAAUAAUCUUUAUUCAACCACUCAAGUUAUAAAUCAAAAACCUGAGUUUGAUAACUCAUAUAACGUAGAAAAUUGUGAAGAUAAUGAUAAAUAUAUUAAAAAAAGUAUAAAUAUAAAUAAAAAUAUUAAUAGAAGUGGCAAAAAUGUUAUUUCUAGUAAUAAUAAUAGUAACAACACUUGUAAUGAUAAAGAAAUAAUUCAUAACAAAAAUAACUUAAUUGAUACAAAUUACUUAUCUAAAAAUGAGAUGCAUAAUAAUAUACUAGAAGAAUACUCAGAAACAGAUGAAGAAAAAAAUAUUAUAAAAGAAGAUGAAAUUAUUAAUAGCGAAAAAAAAUAUGAAAAGAAUAACUUAUCAGAAUUUAACAUAAAUAGAAAUGAUAAAUAUGAGAAAUACAAAAAAUAUAUAAAUCAAAAGAAAUACGACACUUUAAAAGAAUCUAUUGAAUAUUUUAGAAAUAGAAAAUUAAGAGAAGAAGAAGAAUGUAAUUCAGACAUCAGUGAAAUAAAUAUUGAAGAAAAUUCAAAAAACCAAAAUAAUAGCAUUUGUAAUGUAUGUAAAGAAAAAGAUUAUAUAUACAAAUGCCCAUAUUGUGAAAUUAGGUCCUGUUCUUUAAUCUGUUCAAAAAAUCAUAAAAAAAUAUUUAAUUGUAAAAAUAAAUUAAAAAAAAAUUUUAAAAUUAAAAAUAUUGGAAAGUUUGAUUUUGAUGAAUCAAUUUUACAUAAAGAUUUCUUAUAUUUACAAAAUGUUAUAAAUAUUGUUGAAAGUAAUUAUAAGUUUAUAAAGGUUAAAGAAAAUGAAACAACUAAAAUAUGGUUAGUUUUUAAUAAAAAGUUAAAAAAUAUAUUAAAAAAAAGAGAAAUAAUUUUAUUAAAAGCUCCUAUAUAUACGAAAUUACAUAAAGAAAAUAAAACAUAUAUCUUUAAUAAUGUUAUACACUGGAUGGUUAAAAUCACUUUUGCAAACAGCAAUAUGCUAAUAACAGAAGAUAAUAUUAAUGAAAAUUCUACCUUUUUAGAAUUAAUUAAUUCAAUGUGUAGCAAAAUAGAAACAUUAGAAAAAAAAAUAAAUAUUUAUUUGAAGAACUUAGAUGCAAUACACAUUUCUUUGUUUGAUAAUUUAAAAAUUCAAAAGAAAGAAGAAAAAAAAUUUCAUUCUAUAAAUCAAACUAUUUAUGAAGCAUUAUAUGGAAAAUCCUUUUAUGAAUACCCUCAUUUUAUUUUGGAAAUUUUCUAUAAUGAUAAUAACAUACCUAUCACAAAUCCUAUAUAUAUUAGUACGAAAAGUAAAAGUAUAAUAAAAAAAAAUACAAUUAAAGAUAAUAAUGUAAAUGAAAAUGAAAAUGAAAAUGAAAAUGAAAAUAUAAAUGAAAAUGAAAAUGAUAAUAUAAAUGAAAAUGAAAAUGAAAAUGAAAAUAUAAAUGAAAAUGAAAAUGAUAAUAUAAAUGAAAAUGAAAAUGAAAAUGAUAAUAUAAAUGAAAAUGAAAAUGAUAAUAUAAAUGAAAAUGAAAAUGAUAAUAUAAAUGAAAAUGAAAAUGAUAAUAUAAAUGAAAAUGAAAAUAUAGAUAAAAAAAGAAAAUGA